GCCCCGAGGGAGGGAGCAGUGCAGCCGCAUCCAGCCUCCCCCAAGCCGCCUCUGCAGAGACCGGACUCCUCAAGAGCCAGACAGAAAUUGCCCUUGUGGUGCCAUGGCGUUGUGGAGAUCCCUGUUGCAGAGCGUGAACAGCAAGAAGCCUGCCAGGCGGUCCUAUACUAUCUACCGCAACGUGCCGGAGGGGGAUGGAGAGUGCCGUCUGGAGGGGCUGCAGGCGAAGGUCGUGGACGUCCAGGAGGAGCCCGAGGGGAACGUGGCUGCCAGAGUCCGUGAGAAGCUUGAACGGCCAGUCUGUUGUCCCUGGCAGGAUCGGUGGAAGGCGGGUGCGUACAUGGUGCUCGUGGGCCUCCUGAUCUUCAUCGUGGCCUUCCUCCUGGGGUAUAUCUCCUCCCGGGGAUCCUGUGGGGUAUGCGGGGACUUCUUGACUGUGGUGAGUGAGGAACGUCCGUACGGAAUGGAAGACGACCCUGGAGGAGCCCCCCUGUACUGGGCUGACUUGCGGGAGAUGUUCCAGAAGCACCUCAAUGAAGAGACGAUUGAAGCAUCUAUCCGAAGGAUCAGCGAGGCCCCCCACCCUCCUGGCUCAGCCCGCCUGGAUGUUCUUUCCAGCCAUGUACUCAACUCCUUUGCCUCUUACGGACUGGACCACAGCUGGACUGAUAGCCACUACGUGGGGCUCCAGAACCCAAGCCGUCAACAGCCUAACUUCCUACACCGCGUGAAUGCCAACGGGGACGUGCUGGAGAAAUUGCCUCUGGAGAACCCUGAGGUCUACUGUCCCUACAGUGCCUCCGACAUCAUCACGGGUGGCCUGGUCUUUGCCAACUAUGGGCGCCGAGAGGACUUCACAGUUCUGAGGCAACAUGGUGUUAACCCCCGGGGUCAGCUGGUCCUUGUCCGGGUUGGGAAAAUCAGCUAUGCUGAGAAGGUGGCCAGUGCGGAGGCCUUCCAUGCCGCGGGAGUUCUCAUUUAUCCAGACCCCUUUGAUAUCCCCCAAGACCCUCGCAAACUGGGGCUGUCCCCAAAUACAAGCAUCUAUGGACACGUCCACAUGGGAGCUGGAGAUCCCUACAGUCCUGGUUUCCCUUCCUUCAACCACACCCAGUUCCCCCCAGUACAGUCCUCAGGGCUACCCAAAAUCCCAGCUCACCCCAUCAGUGCUAACAUAGCUGCACGGCUGCUCAGACAGCUGACUGGUCCUGCUGCCCCCCGCGACUGGAAGGGGCGUCUUCCUGACGUGCCGUACGUCCUUGGCCCGGGGGAGCCUGGCUUCCUCUUGCAGCUGGGAGUCCAGAACGUUAAGCAGUCGGUCAUGAUCAGCAACAUCUUUGGGUGCAUCGAGGGUAGAUUUGAACCAGAUCAUUACCUCAUUGUGGGGGCUCAACGAGACUCCCUCGGACCGGGAGCUGCCCGUUCUGGGGUGGGCACGGCCAUUCUGUUGGAACUGGCACGUACCUUUGCUGCCAUGGUACGGAAUGGAUUCCAGCUGCGAAGAAGCGUGCUCUUUGUGAGUUGGGAUGCUGGAGAUUUUGGCAGCGUGGGCUCCACAGAAUGGCUGGAGGGGUACCUCACCAUGUUGCAUCUGAAAGCAGCAGCCUACAUCAGUGUGGACGGCGCAGUCCUAGGAGAUGACAAAUUCUUUGCCAAGACCAGUCCUGCUCUGAUCAGCCUCAUUGAAAGCAUCAUCAAACAGGUAGAUGGUCCAAACCGCAGUGGGCAAAGCAUCUUUGACCAGGUGGUGGAACAUGGACGGCAGUGGCAGAGCGAAAUAAUCCGUCCUCUUCCCAUGGACAGCAGCGCUUUUGCCUUCACCGCCUUUGGAGGGGUCCCUGCCGUGGAAUUCGCCUUUGCAGAGGAGUCCCGUCCCUACCCGUUCCUGAACACCAUGGCCGACACGUAUGAUAACCUCAACCGUGCUCUCCAUGGGCGCCUCCCUGCCGUAGCCAAAACCGUGGCUGAGGUGGUGGGUCACCUGCUGAUCAAGCUGACCCAUGACCACCUCCUGCCCCUCGAUUACGGAUGCUACGGAGACGUCCUCUUACAGCAGGUUUCCCGCUUCAACGAAUACACGGCACAGCUGAAGAGCCGUGGGCUGACCCUGCAGUGGAUUUACUCAGCCCGAGGUGAUUAUGCACGGGCAGCUGAGAAACUGCGCAAGGACAUCUACAGCUCCGAGGAACACAAUGAGAGGCUGUUGCGCAUGUACAACGUCCGCAUUAUGCGGGUGGAGUUCUACUUCCUCUCUCAGUACGUGGCAGUCACGGAAACCCCAUUUCGGCAUAUCCUGCACGGUAGGGGCCCCCAUACAAUGGGGGCUCUGCUGGAGCAUCUCAGGCUUUUGCGAGAGGCACCGGAGAAUUUCGACGAAGUCCUCUUCCGCCGGCAGCUGGCCCUUGUCACUUGGACACUGCAGGGGGCUGCCAAUGCCCUAAGCGGGGAUGUCUGGGACAUUGAAAUCAACUUCUGAUACCAGCCACACGCAGACUGGGAUACCAAUCCCUGUCAGAGCCGAAAUGAAAUUUUUGACCCAUUUUCAAAAUUUAAACUUGCAAUUUGGAAUUUCAAAAUAGCCAGUAUUUUGCUCCCUGGGUUAUCCCAACUGAAUUUCCUAGACUCCGAUAGCAGUCAUAACUGGUACUGUUGCAGAACAGUUCCAUUUGGGAAAGGGGUGCAUUUUAAUCUCAGCAAGCAAAUUCCAGCACGCUACUUCUUCCAGACCCUCACCGCUCAUUUCAGCGCUGAUCCCUACCCCCUCCUUAUUGUCCUUCCCUUCCCAUUUUUAAUUUAUCAGUGGCAGGGGUCACUAUAAAUUGUUCAUGUAUUGCUAUGCAAUAGGAUAAGAAGCUGCGGUUGUAGUUUUCCUUUUUAAUUCCCCCCUUUGUGAAUUUCCUCUCCCCUAAUUUAUCAGCUGCAGUGUCUGCUAUAAAUUGGAUUGAUUUAUUGCUAUGUAAUAGGGCAAAAUCCUGUGCUUACCUUUUGUUUUGCUGUUGUCCUAAUUGUUCUCCUCCUUUUUUGACAUGUUAAUAGUCCUACUGUUAAAUCCCAACUCUGCCUCUUAAUGAUUUGUCGGUGACAGGGCUCACUAGAAAUGUUUAUUGCUAUGUGAUAAGAUGAAAAGCCCACCUACCUCAUUAAUGAUAACUGAAAACUUGUUAAUUUAUCAGUGGCAGAGAUCACUAUAAAUUAUUUCAUGUUA